UUGUAGGAAAAAACUUUAAAGUUUGCUUUUGAGGAGUUAAAAAAAAUCCCCCCAUAAACUAUAUAUAUUUUGAAAUGUAAAAGAGCCAAAGGGCAGCUCUGCUCUGAGUUUGCCAGCUUCCCAUUUUUCAUUUAUCUGCUUUCCGAGGUUUGAAUCGUGCUGGCCAGCUCUGAUGAAAGACGCCCAUGGUGUUGUAAUCGUUUUCAACCCGGACCUGCCCAGUCACCUUAAGGAAAUUGAAACCUGGUACUCCUGCUUUGUGCAGCAGCAGCAGUUACUAGACAGCCAGUGUCUCCUGGUUGCACAUCACAAGCCUGGCAGUGCUGUGGAUUCAGAAGGUCCCUCCUUAGCUGCACCUCUGAACAAACUGAAAUUAAUACAGUCCAGCCUGGAAGAAGACCCUGAAGACGUUCGGAUGGAAUUUAUGAAAUACUUCAAAAGCAUUGUCAACUUGCUAAAUGAAAGCAGAGAUAGGGAAGAGAUGUCAAUUAUCACGUAAUGCUGAAAGAAAGAAUGAAGAGAGAGAGCGAGCGAGUACUGUUUUGCAGUUUGAGAUCUGUCCUAGCCAAGAAAUAACUCUAGAACUUAUCUCAUUAAGGAGAGUUUGCCAGUGGAUAAACACUAUAAGAAUAGUUUGUGAGUGAUUUUUCCCCCAGAGAAAAUAGAUGCACGGCUUAAGACUCCUCAAGAGACUGAAGGCUGAAUUCAGAUGAACUGUUAUCCAAAAGAUUUGGCUGUAAAUCCAGGAAUGCAAGUAACUUUAGCUGUCCCCUGACCAGGUGUGUUCUUGGAUAAAGUUCAAGAAGGUAUCUUCUAAUAUGUUUAUAUGGACUCAGCUAAUUAACUAUAUAUUUAGUUUGUGAAGACAUUAAGGAAUUGGCUAGUUCUUAAUGGAGUCACCUAAGAAUGUUCUCAUCCUUUUCCAGAAAAAGCUAAAUGAAUGGGCCAGGCAGAACAAGUUUUAGGAAUCUGUGUUUAAGCCACUUGGGUAAUGUGUCUAUGGCAGCUGUGCUCUUACUUGGAGAAAAUAUGCUUUUGGAUGUCACUGGUUGGAACUGAGAUGUGAGCCUUAAGUCUCUGGUGAAAUCUAUGUUUUAAUGUCCCCAAAUUUCCUCACCUCUCUGUCCAGGAUCUGAAGAGCAUAUCAUUUUACAGGCUUGUGUUCUGGCAAGAUAGAAUAAACUGCAACCUUUAUUCUGACAAGCCUUUCCAUCCACUGCAACAAAACUCCCAUAUUUUCUCAAUAGCAGCAAUGUGGAGCCGGCACUGCUCUUCCGGCCCUGUAGCAGUAGUGGCAGGGAUCUGCUGCUGCUGCUCUGGGGCCAGGCUAGAAUAGCAGUGCCAGGUCCACACUGCUGGCAUGGGGCAGGCUGGAGCCAUGCUCCAUGCCCUGGGCUGCAGCAGGGACAGAAGCUGGUUCAGAGCAAAGACAAGGGUGGAGGGCUGAGGGGCAGGCAGGGGAGAGAGGCUUCAGGAGGGGGAGAGGUUGGAGGAAGUGGGGCAGGGACCUGAGGCUAUGGGUGACAGAAGUGGUGUGCAGGGGGAAACAGGGAAAGUGGGAAUUGGGGCAACCUGAGGCUGUGGCAGAGGGACUGGUAUGGGGGAUGGGCAGCAGAGGAUAAGCUGCCUGCCUCCCUCACUGUCUGCCCCCCCCUCCCCACCC